AUGUCCAGCAACCCCCACGAUUUCGGUGACCCUAAUCGACAGGGACAGUAUCCGCUGCCUCAGUGGAACGCUAGUCAACCUGAGGAUACCGCUCCUGCUCAUUAUCCACCGCCCUCUCAGUACCCUUAUCCUCCUGCCUCAUAUCCUCCUCCGCCGUCAGAUCAUCCUUACGCUCCACCCUCGUCGCAAUACCCGCCGACCUCGAACAUGGCCGCGAUACACCCGCCAGAUCCUUAUCGCCUUCCGCCGCCCCCCGGUGCCUAUCGUGGCCCAGACGUAUACGCCCAGGGUCCACCGCCACAAGUUGUCUACCAAGCUGCCGCUCCGCGGCAGCGGACCGCGAUUGCUUGCCGUUACUGUCGCCGACGCAAGAUUCGGUGUUCCGGUUUCGAACAUUCCCAGGAUGGACGUUGCAGCAAUUGCAUCCGCUUUAACCAAGAGUGCAUGUUCACUCCCGUCUCGUCGCAAGCGCAGGCGUUCGUUCCGGCCCAUGCCGCCUACCCACACCUGAGGACCGCCCAGAACUCUGGUCGUCCCAACGCGCAGGGUGUUGUGCUGUAUGGUGCCCACGGGCAACCCCUGCCUCCACAACAACAGCCCCAGCCGUCGCCGGAUACGACCCUCCCCCCGCCGCAAGGACUGUACCAGCACCCAUAUGGUGGCGCUGCACCUCUUGGGUCUGUCCCGCCAGACCAACGAUCGGGUGGUCGCCGCGGUUCCGGCUCUGGAUUCGAAUAUCCUGACCCUACCAACCUCGCCCCAGUAACACCAGCCACAUCAGCCUCGGGAUAUCAAACCCAUCCUGCCCCCAGCCCGUAUUACCCUCCUCCCCACGAUCGCCGCCCUUCGCCCCAAUCGGCCUACCCCUACGAUAGCCGCCAUUCCUCUUCCCCCCACAGCUCGCCGUACCCUGCAGUACAACCAACCGCGAUGACGCCUCCCCCUACAUCCACUCCCACUGGAUCGUCGCGCGGCGGACUGAAUGUUCGCGACAUGCUCAACCCCGGCGACGGCCAAGGUCGCUCGAGUACGGAUAGCGACAUGCUCAACGCCCUGAACCGACGAGGCUUGAAUCAAUAA